AUGAAGCAGUUGUUUCCGACCUCCCUCGGUUCCGGUUCAUGUCUCGAACAGUUGGGGAAAAUUCAGGAGGCGACUUUGCCCGACGGAGACUUGAUCGCAAAAGAAUGAUGUCGAUUCAGAGACGGACCUGUUAAGAGUCGAAGUGGAAAGGGUUGUUUGGCCGGACGAACUGCGACAAUACUCGACAGAAGAGGUGAUUGCAAGAGCUCUUAGAAGGAUGAACGAGAAGUACUACCAUCUGAUAAACAACAACUGUGAAUCAUUCGUUAUGUGGUGUUUGUGUGACCUUAACAUUAGCUUGCAGGUGACUAAAACGGGGAAAGCCCUCUCGGAGACAUCAAGUGCCGCGAUAAGAACACUU